AUGGAGUAUGAAAAUUAUUUUUAUGUUAAAAAUGGUUCAAAAAGAAACAACAUAAUUUAUUACAAAUGCAAAGAAGCAGCAACGUACAUGUGUCGGGGUUCCAUGAAAAUCACAGGUGACAAUAAUGUACAUUUGGUAAGAAACCAUAAUCAUGCACCUAAUCCAAGUAUUAAAGCCAUGAAUAGUUUCAAGAAAAGUUUGAAACAACGCAGUAUUAAUGAAGAAACUUCAUUGAACGCCAUUUAUGAGGAUGAAGCCAGGCGAAACCCAGAAUCUGCUACCAAAUAUACAUGGAAAUCAGCUGAAAGUUAUAUGAGGUGGAGUAGGAGACGUUCGUUGCCAACUGUGCCGGGAACAUUAAGAGAGCUAGCUGAUCAAUUUCAAUAUGGGCUCCUUGAAAGAUACCAAAGUUGUGGUGAAGUUAUAUAUAAAGGUUGUGUAGAAGAUACAUCUGGGAAUAAUUCAAUAGUUUUUGCUUCUAAAAGUUUAAUUCUGAAGGCUCUAGAAAUGGAAGUAACGGAAAUGCAUGUUGAUGCUACAUUUCGGGUCAUUCCGUCAACACCUAAGUCUUACCAAUUACUCAUAAUGCAUGUGAUGAGUAUUCCUAUAGUAUACGCCUUAAUGGAACGCAAGACUUCCCAGGCUUAUGAUACAGUACUAAACUUUAUAAAAGUAAAUUUACUGCCUGAGUUUAGGCCUACGAUUAUAUUAACAGACUUUGAAACCGCAUUAAGAGAAAUGUUGAUUAGACAUUUUCCAUCAGCUUCAGCCCAUGGAUGCUGGUUUCAUAGUAACCAA